CUGCACGGGACAAAGGGAAGCGGAGCUGGAGCUGCGGGCGCUCGGUUGGCCCGCCGUGUCUCAGAUUCAUUCUUAAGGAACUGAGAACUUAAAUCUUCCAAAAUGUCAAAAAGACCAUCUUAUGCCCCACCUCCCACCCCAGCUCCUGCAACACAAAUGCCCAGCACACCAGGGUUUGUGGGAUACAAUCCAUACAGUCAUCUCGCCUACAACAACUACAGGCUGGGAGGGAACCCGGGCACCAACAGCCGGGUCACGGCAUCCUCUGGCAUUACGAUUCCAAAACCCCCCAAGCCACCAGAUAAGCCGCUGAUGCCCUACAUGCGGUACAGCAGAAAGGUCUGGGACCAAGUUAAGGCUUCCAACCCCGACCUAAAGUUGUGGGAGAUCGGCAAGAUUAUUGGUGGCAUGUGGCGAGAUCUCACUGAUGAAGAAAAACAAGAAUAUUUAAACGAGUACGAGGCAGAAAAGAUCGAGUACAAUGAAUCCAUGAAGGCCUACCAUAACUCCCCCGCGUACCUGGCGUACAUCAACGCCAAGAGCCGUGCAGAAGCCGCUCUCGAGGAGGAGAGCCGACAGAGACAGUCUCGCAUGGAGAAAGGAGAGCCUUACAUGAGCAUUCAGCCUGCCGAAGACCCCGAUGAUUAUGACGACGGCUUUUCGAUGAAGCACACGGCCACCGCCCGUUUCCAGAGAAACCACCGCCUCAUCAGUGAGAUCCUCAGCGAGAGCGUGGUGCCAGACGUUCGGUCAGUUGUCACAACAGCCAGAAUGCAGGUCCUCAAACGACAGGUCCAGUCCUUAAUGGUUCAUCAGGUAACGUCACAGUGCAUUUCUUUUUUUUUUUUUUUUUUACUGUGCAACCCACUUCAGUGCCUUAAGCCUACCAGAGAAGAGCUGUGCGGCCUGAAGGUAGAAGUGGACAUGGAGAAAAUUGCGGCCGAGAUCGCGCAGGCAGAGGAGCAGGCCCGCAAGCGGCAGGAGGAGAGGGAGAAAGAGGCAGCAGAGCAGGCGGAGCGCAGCCAGAGCAGCGCCGUCCCCGAGGAGGAGCACGCAGCGGCGAGUAAGGCGGAGGAAGAGAAGGAGGAAGAUGGCGUGCCAAUGGAGACAGAGGAGACCCACCUUGAGGAGCCCCCAGAAAGCCAGCAGAAUGGGGAGGAAGGCACGUCGACCCCCGAGGAUAAGGAGAGCGGGCAGGAGGGCGUCGACAGCCUGGCAGAGGAGGGAACCAGUGACAGUAACACCGGCUCGGAGAGCAACGGCGCAGCCGUGGAGGAGCCCCCAACAGAGCCCGCGCCUGAAGAUGAGAAAAAAGAAUAAAGGUUCCUGGUUCUGUUUCCAACA